CCCCCCCCCCAUUUGAAUUUGAAUAUGGCUUUCCUGGCGCAGGUGUUUUUGCAGAGAUUGCGACUGCAACAUCGAAUUCAAGUGAUCGGCGGGGUAUUUGUGCGUGGAUUAUUUUAUUUGAAUGUGUUCGAAGCGUUCAGUCGAUUGUUGGUUUUUGAAAUGGUGGGUUUCUUGGUAAUUUGCAUUUGCAGUCGCUGUGUUUUUUGUUUCACGUUGUUUUUGCAAGGAGGCCGUUGACACACGAAGGCAGAGAUGAAGUUUUUCUCUGUUUUGCGGAACCCGCGCUGGUGCCAUUUUCGUAUACCGUUGGAGUUUUUAGAAGUUGUGAGGUAGUGCGGUGAGGGUUUGUAUUCGCAGGCGUUGAUCGUAGUGGAACUCCAGAAUCUCGUGAGGUAAAGGAAGAUAGUUGGUUCUUAUUUCAUAUCUUUAGUGGAGAAUGUCCCAAGGAGCCAUUAUGGAGAAGCUCCCGCUCACGCUUUGUAUGGAGCGUGGCCCAGGCGAAGGUAAGAGCUUUCUCGCGACGCACCUGAAGCGCAUCACCAUUGGGCGGACGCGUACAAACAAUUACCCAAUCAAGGAUCCCACGGUCUCUCAGAAGCAUGCAUUCAUCGAGUGGCAGGUUGACCACUGGGUAAUCGUGGACAUAGGGAGUUCCAACGGGACGGACGUGAAUGGGCAUAUACUUGUGGAGCAACAGCCGAUGCGGCUUCAGAACGGUGACCUGAUUAGGGUGGGGGAAGCCAUUAAGAUCAGAGUACAGAUUGAGGAGGAGGAACUGGACGAGGAGGAACUGGAGACGGAAGUGGAAGAGGACGAGGACGUAGAGCAAGGCAUAACGGUCGAGGAGUGGUUCGAGCAGGAGAGGCUGCGUAUCGUGAAAACUGUACAGGCCAGAGCUGAUGCUACCAUCUUGGAGAUGAAGCAAAGUGCGGAGCAGUUGAAAAAAAUGUUCAGAGAACACGCAGGUGUAGAGUAGAUUUCUAGUGUUUUCACAACGGUGCCAUUACAACAUUCCUUGCCAGGCGUGACCCUGGAUGGGGAGCUUCUGGGUGUAUUCUACGACAUUGUGGCUGCCAGAGAAACUUUUCCCUCAAUUUAUUGCCGAAGAUUGAUCCUAAGCUUAGACGCACCCCUGUGUCAAAUGUACGAUUCUCAGAAACACGGAUCAAACUCACUGGGAGCUUCUCUUGAUAAGCGGCUUGACGAAAUGUAACUCGCUGAUUCCUAUUCUCGUCAAAUCACAAUUCCUUCUGUAGAUACCGGUGUAGGGGAAGUUCUCAGACUGACUGUUGACAGUAGAAACUUGCCACCAGUGCCUUCUGUGAUGUUCUCUUCUUUUCAUACUAAUUCUGAAUAAUGAGUAUAGCCAUGACCAUUGCUUGCGGAAAUUUCUGCUAGAGAGAGAAAGUCUUGGGAGGCUCUGGUUCAUGCUGUCUAUCAUCAGUAGCGUCUACAAAGAACCUGCAUACGUGGUUGAGCAUCACGGCAUCGCUUUUUAACUCGGACAGUCGUCGAGGUAGGUGUUGAGAGAAGCUCUUAAUUCUAUUGAGAUGAGUGAGGUAGUUUACACCUUACGAAACUAAUUUCGAUCACUUUGUACCUCUGGAUCUAUAAACUCUCCUUUUAGUUGCGUA